AUGACUGUAACGACUGAGGCAUCCAUUUCCCUUGCUCCUGUGAAUAUUUUCAAGGCAGGUGCAGAUGAAGAAAAGGCUGAAACUGCUCGCUUGUCAUCCUUUGUUGGUGCCAUUGCUAUUGGUGACCUGGUCAAGAGCACUCUGGGACCUAAAGGCAUGGACAAGAUUCUUUUGAGCACUGGAAGAGAUAGCACAGUAACGGUCACCAAUGAUGGUGCAACCAUCCUGAAAGCUAUUGGAGUUGACAACCCAGCUGCCAAGGUCUUGGUUGAUAUGUCAAAGGUACAAGAUGAUGAGGUUGGUGAUGGAACUACAUCUGUUACUGUGUUGGCGGCUGAAUUACUGAGGGAGGCAGAAUCACUGAUUUCAAAGAAGAUCCAUCCUCAGACCAUUAUUGCAGGCUGGAGAGCAGCCACAAAAGCUUCAAGAGAGGCUCUUCUGAAAGCUGCUGUGGAUCAUGGUGAUGAUGAAGUGAAAUUCCGUGAAGAUCUAAUGAACAUUGCAGGAACUACUCUUUCCUCAAAAUUACUCACUCAUCAUAAAGAUCACUUUGUCAAGCUAGCUGUGGAAGCUGUUCUUAGGCUGAAAGGUUCUGGUAAUUUGGAAGCUAUUCAUGUUAUCAAGAAACUCGGUGGAAGUUUGGCCGAUUCUUACUUAGAUGAAGGCUUUUUACUUGACAAGAAGAUUGGUGUAAAUCAACCAAAAAGAAUUGAAAAUGCAAAGAUUCUUAUUGCAAAUACUGGUAUGGAUACAGAUAAGAUUAAGAUUUUUGGCUCUCGGGUUAGAGUGGACUCAACAGCAAAGGUAGCAGAAAUAGAACAGGCAGAAAAGGAAAAAAUGAAGGAGAAGGUAGAGCGUAUUCUUAAACAUGGAAUAAACUGCUUUAUUAACAGGCAGCUGAUCUACAACUACCCUGAACAGCUCUUUGGGGCUGCUGGAGUUAUGGCCAUUGAACAUGCAGACUUUGCUGGUGUAGAACGUCUGGCUCUUGUUACAGGUGGUGAAAUUGCAUCCACCUUUGAUCAUCCUGAGCUGGUAAAACUGGGAAGUUGCAAGCUUAUUGAAGAAGUCAUGAUUGGAGAAGAUAAACUCAUCCAUUUCUCUGGGGUGGCUAUGG